AUGUCAAUGCAUAUGAACAAGUUACAAGGAAUGAAAGAAAAUGAAAGGGAAUUAGAAGUUUGGCAGCAUCCUAUUUUGUUCAUUCUCUCUAACCUCUUUGGUGGAAAACCAUCCAUAGCAUCACAAAACUUCAAACCUUCUUCAAGUUCUCCUAGAUUAAGUCCAAAAGGUCUGAGGUUAUACAUCGGAAAUUUUCCAUUACAUAUGGAUGAGGUACUAGUGAAAACAACCAAGAGCAGGAGGAUCCGUAUGGUAGAAAGAAAAACCAGAAAAAGAAGUGUUGGUAUACCCAAAACGAAACAUCUUGAAGCCAGGAAUACAAUGGAACGUCCAGAAAAGAAAAAGAGAAGUGUGACAUUGAUCAGAGAUCACUUCAAAGAAUAUCUAUCAAAUUUAAUAGUUGAGUUCGAUCACUUUGGUAGAGCUAUUGGACCUAACCGCUUUAAGUUCACCAGUUAUCGUGGAGUGACUACGAGGAAGAUGAUUUCUAUCCUGAUAGAUAGUUGGGAUUUAGUGGAUCAAUGUGACAAAGAUCAAUUGUGGUUAAACAUAAAUAAUCAUUGGCAUAUACGAGAUGAUGAUCAUAAAGCACAAGUGCUUAGAGAUUGCAACACGCAUUGGAAGGCCUACAAGUCGGAGCUUCUUAAGUUGUGGGACAAUGGUGUCAAUCCAAACAUUUGGAAGGACAAAAAACCAUUUUCUAGUGAGGAAUUGGAGGAACGUCUUAAAACAUGGAUGAUAAAUUUUGGUGAUAAAGUGAAGCCUUUUUGUAAGGCAUACAAUGAAUCAACCACAAAGGGGAAAGAGAGGUUAGAGGUGACAAAGGGGAAAGAGAGCUUUGCAGAAAUUGAAAAGUUUGUUUCAGUUGGAAUGGUGAUCCAUGUGUUCCACAACAUCCAUGGACUGGAAUUGGCUGUUUAA